AUGGAGUUCGUCAACGCCAACAAGGGCAUAGCCCUCUGCAAGGAGGGCAACUAUGCGGACGCGAUCCCACAUUUGACAAAGGCCAUUGCCGUCACCAUGUCUCCGAUCUGGCUUCUCGCCCGCGCCGAGGCAUACACUAAAACAUCACAGUUUGAGCGCGCCCUCGUUGACGCCGAGCAUGCGUACAACAUUGCCGCUGGGCGGCAGCAUUCGCAGAGGCUCGAGCAGAUGCUCGAGGCACAGUAUCGGCGCGGCGUGGCUCUCUUCCGGCUGGGGAGAUACGCCGACGCCGACGCCUGUCUGUUGUGGGCAGUCAGGCUGGGCAGUGGAGCUUCGGCCCGCGAGGAGGAUCCAGCGUUGGCCAAGGUUGAUGGCGACGGCUUCUACAAUUGCACGUUGGAGCAGGCCGAGAAGGAAAAGCCUGUUUCCCCGGGAAAGGGCAAUGUGAACCAGGAUGAUCUGACCAAGAGCAGAAAAUGGGUCAGGGCACAUUCUAUGCGGCAGAUGUGUUUAUCUAGCAUGGCGAAGUUGCCAUCCGAUGCGAUCGAAAGGAAGUUGACUGUUACCAGGACGCCAAACCCGCCGGCAUUGGUGGACGGGGAGCACCGUCUGGAUGGAAGCAAGAACGCUUCUGAAAAGGGACCAGGUGGAAGCCAGGGGCCCGCAGCGGCAGAGACUGGCGCCACGGCCGCAAAACCUCAGCAGCUUCGGGUUGACUUUUUCCAAAGCUCUGCCAACGUCACCCUAAGCAUCUUUUGCAAAGGAGUCGACAAGAAAUCGUUCCGCGCCGAAGCCGACUCAAGGACCAUUGUGCUACAUAAUAUGCCCAAAGAAGGUGAUCCGCCGGUGAAGCUCACCUUGGCUUAUGAAAUUGAGCCUGGCACCAUCAAGCAGUUCGUCGGGUCUGUCAAGGUUGAGUUAACGCUAGUCAAGGCACAGCCGGGAGAGAAAUGGAAAACGUGGGGUACCAUGACCGACUCGGCCGACCUUACAUCAACAUCCCAACCGAAGGACUCGGUGCGGUCUGAACCCGACGUGGAAGAUGAGCCGCCAAAGCCCGAGCCGAUACCGGAUUGGGUCCUCCAGAACAAGCCGCCGCCCUACCCAACUAGUUCCAAGAGCGGGCCCAAGAACUGGGAGAAGCUCGACGAUGACCAUGAGGAGCCUCAGGAUGUGAACCAUUUCUUCGAGGAGCUGUACAAGGGCGCGACACCCGAGGCUAAGCGUGCCAUGAUGAAGAGCUUCACUGAAAGCAAUGGAACGGAGCUGAGCAUGGACUGGUCGGAUGUUGCCAAUCGUCAGGUUGAGGUUCAUCCACCCGAGGGUGUUGACGUGAAGAAUUGGGAUGGGACUAAGCGGAAGUAA